GAGUUUGAUUUUUGUUUCUUUUGUUGUGAGAGCGAGCGGCGAAUACGAACCUUUCGUCAGUCUUCAUACCCAUCCAUUCCCAUCAAACCCCUUUAAAAGCCGAAAACCGCCAUGCGGAAAUUCGUAGCCCACAGAGCCAAACGUCUGAUCUCAAACGCCACCGUUUCACUCAAUCCCCAUCAUCACCAUCACCAAUCUUCUUUAUCCUCCUCCAACCAUUAUUACUAUUACUAUUCCUCCAUUCUUCCUCGAUUCUUCACUUCCGACACUUCAAUGGCCUCCAACAACUCCACUCCACCUCUCACUGUUGAUUCCUUAAACCCUAAGGUUUUGAAAUGUGAGUAUGCUGUUCGUGGUGAAAUUGUGUCUCUGGCUCAGAAAUUACAACAAGAUUUGCAAGCAAAUCCAGGUUCUCAUCCUUUUGAGGAGAUAAUUUACUGUAACAUUGGAAAUCCACAGUCUCUUGGUCAGCAGCCAAUCACCUUUUUCAGAGAGGUUCUUGCAUUAUGCGAUCAUCCUAACAUAAUAGAUAGGAGUGAAACACAGGGUUUGUUCAGUGCGGAUUCCAUUGACCGAGCAUGGCAGAUCCUUGAUCAAAUUCCUGGUAGAGCCACUGGUGCAUACAGUCACAGUCAGGGUAUUAAGGGAUUGCGUGACACUAUUGCUGCUGGAAUCGAAGCUCGUGAUGGUUUUCCCGCUGAUCCAAAUGAUAUCUUCUUGACAGAUGGUGCAAGUCCAGCGGUCCAUAUGAUGAUGCAGUUGCUAAUAAGAUCCGAAAACGAUGGAAUUUUCUGUCCAAUUCCUCAGUACCCUCUUUACUCUGCUUCAAUUGCCCUUCAUGGUGGCACUCUUGUUCCUUAUUAUCUUGAUGAAGCAACGGGUUGGGGACUUGAGAUCUCUGAGCUCAAGAAGCAACUGGAAGCUGCCAGACAAAAGGGUAUUACUGUUAGGGCUUUGGUUGUAAUUAAUCCAGGAAAUCCUACAGGCCAGGUUCUUGCUGAGGAGAACCAACGAGAUAUCGUCGAGUUCUGCAAGAAAGAAGGUUUGGUACUUCUAGCAGAUGAGGUAUACCAGGAAAAUAUUUAUGUUCCCGAGAAACAGUUUCACUCUUUCAAGAAAGUAGCUCGUUCAAUGGGAUACGGUGACAAGGAUAUCCCUUUGGUUUCUUUCCAAUCCGUGUCUAAAGGGUAUUAUGGUGAGUGCGGGAAAAGAGGUGGUUACAUGGAGGUGACUGGUUUUAGUCCCGAGGUUAGGGAACAAAUUUACAAGGUGGCAUCUGUGAAUCUGUGUUCGAAUAUUUCCGGUCAAAUUCUUGCUAGUCUUGUUAUGAGCCCUCCAAAGGUUGGAGAUGAAUCUUAUGAAUCAUAUUCUGCUGAAAAGGAUGGCAUCCUACUAUCCCUCGCAAGGCGUGCAAAGACAUUGGAAGCUGCACUGAACAGCUUAGAGGGUGUUACUUGCAACAAAGCUGAAGGUGCAAUGUAUCUUUUCCCGCGCAUCGUGCUACCCAACAAAGCAAUAAAAGAAGCGGAAUCACUUAAAAAAGCACCAGAUGCGUAUUAUGCCGCUCGACUUCUGAACGCUACUGGUAUAGUUGUGGUUCCUGGUUCUGGUUUUGGUCAGGUUCCCGGGACUUGGCAUUUUAGGUGCACGAUAUUGCCACAAGAGGAAAAGAUUCCAGCCAUCGUUUCACAGUUGACUGAAUUUCACAAAAAGUUCAUGGAUGAGUUCCGUGAUUAAAUGGGUGUGUGCGGCGUUGGGGAGAUUUGAAAUAAAGGGUGAAAUAAAUCUUGUUACAGCUUUUUUGCUAAGUGUUUUGUUAGCUGUGCGUUGAACAUUGUAAAAUGGAAACUUUGACCAAGAUUCUCGACGAGCGAGGCUUGUUUUGUUAGCCAUGCAAUUGUAUGCACCCUAAGGGGCUGUUUGUUUACCUCUUAAUGAGGCUCUUAAUGGUUCAGACCUCUUAGUGGUUCA